UAAACAAUGAGGUGAAAUUGUAAUGUACAAAGUUCAAUUUUGACUACAUGUUUGGGAGGAAUCCGAAUUAUGCAGUUGCUAUCUAUACUUUAUUUUUAUUCGAUGUAAUCAUGUUUAUGCAAAUAUCUGUGCAUCCAUAAGGAGAUAAGGAGAGUAUAUAUGCAGCGGUGAGCUGUCAUAUAUUCAAAUCUUAGCCAAGCUACCUUUGUAGUUUCAAUGAGAACGUUUGAUCGUCGUAAUAGGUAAAUUAAGAUGACAUCUAAAAAGAAAAUUCAAGUCCCGUGGUUGUUAAAACCUGUCUGGUAUGAUUUUCCUAUGACUAAAGGGGUUGGUCACCACCGUACACCUGUUGGUAUCAUUCUUGUUGCCAAUCAAAAGUUGUCGUGUGUUUUGGAAAGUAAGAGUCUUGAAGUAGUGGAAGUACGUCUCCUCAAUGAUGGUGAGAAAACAGAAGGAGUGUUUGAAAUCAGAAGUUCCAAUCCAGGUCGAGCAGGGACUGUUAGCAUAGGAUAUGUAAGCGUUCCAUUCGUAGAUUGUGAGUACCUUGAAAAAGCCCCAGAUGAUACUCGCACUGUCAGCAUAAGCUAUCCAACUGAUUCGAAAAUUCUUCCGAUUUACCGCUUUGGGGAUAACGAAAGUGAUUUCUUUAAGCUCUGGGAUACACAAGAUGCAGAAUUUGCUUACGUAGAAUCAGAUUAUUUCGGUCUUCUUAUACCGAAAGUAGACAAAGAAGCUACGAGAAAGUUAAUUGACGGGCAAUCUCUCGACGAUUUAAUCGCUUUCUACGACAAAAUCUUUACAACUUACAGUGAAUUAAUAGGGUUGUCUUUCGAAGGAAGUGGGACAGAUCAAAAUGUCAGAAACAGGUUUUUUCUAAAAGCUGAUCAAAAUGGAAGCAAAAAUGCCAUGGCCUACUAUGGUAAUAAGUAUUCGGCGGUAGUUUCAGCAUCAAUAGAAGAAUUUUGGUUGGAUGUAGGCCCAACAAACUGGGGAGCUUUGCAUGAAAUCGGUCAUGGGCAUCAACUUCAUAUAAGUGACGAAACGUUGGCUGUUAGUGAAGUAUGGAAUAAUGUAUUAUGCUUCUUUUAUCAAGCAAUAAUGUUUGGCAAGAAAUUGGGUAAAAAAGGUUCAAAAAUACGUGAUAUGGAAAUUGAUGAUUUAAUAAGUUAUCCGUUAAAAGAAGUAAAAGAUUGGGGCUUGAUUGAAAGAUUGUCCUUUCUAGUGCAUAUGUUUCGUAAAGCUGGACAGAAAUCUUUAACGCGUUUUCAUCAGCUUACUCGAAAAGAGUUUGAUGGCACUCCAUUUUAUGCCAGUGGCUUACCUCUUGUGGAAAAGCUGAUGCACUUCUUUGCAAUUGACUUCUCUAUCGACGUAUAUCCUUUUAUGAAAUUAGCUAAGGCACUUAUACGCAAAGAACAACUUUACGAACAUUACUACGUUUUGUCUAGUGUUGCCCACCCUCUGGACCAUAUUUUAUUUGAUAGACAGGUAUUGCCGGAUGUUCAAGAAAAGCUAGGGUUACUGUUCUCGACAGGCUUAGUUACUCCAUCAGAUUUAAGUUCAACUGACAUAAAGAAUGAUUUCAUUAUAAAUAUAGAGGACAAAAUAUUAAAGGACUUGUCCGGUGAUACACUCAAGUUGAUGGAUGGAACAAAUGUUGUAGUUGAGCGAAAAAUUCGCAACAAAACUCUUGUUUUGAAGGAUAUACCUAUUGGAGUAUACAAAGUUUUUGUUGAACCUACUCGCUCGAAUGUCAAAUUCCUGUAUGAUGAUUUUUAUGCCAUAGUACAUGACAAAAGUAAAUCUAACGAGCUGCUACUUUCAGCCAAAGUAAUGAAGGAUCCGCUGCUUCUACCUCCUGAUAAAAUCAACUUUAUAGGUUGGGGAUCAAACUUUGCAUACCUAUCUGUAGAACCAUUCAGACACUUGGUAAAAUUCCAUUUUUAUGAAGAUAAACCUCAUGCACGUUUUUCAGGUGAGAAGUAUUCUGAAGUAACAAUAAAAAACCAAAAAAAUGAAGUUAUUUUUAACAAGAGUAUUAAUGGGGACAGCAUUGACGUUGGUACUUAUGUCAUACCAAUGGAAGGAGAACUGCAAAUUGAAAUAUUUCAUGCAGAAACAAACAGCCGCUUAAAAGCUGAAGAUCCGAUGCUGCAAGAACUUAUAGAUAGAGACAGCAAAACAAAUUAUUUCAUUGCAAAUGAACGAGGUUUGCAGAAAAAGGAAACAAAAAAAGAAUUUCUGGAAAAGAGUUUUUUGAAGAAAAUAGAUAUUGCGGCAAGUGCAAUUAAGGGUAAAAUCUCUUUGUAUGACAGACCUUUCUGUAUUCCUAAAUACAGCUUACUUUUAGCUGUGGAAGCUUUCGAGCGCUUUUUUAGGAAUAAAAGCAUUGAUAAAAGUCUCAGAGAUAAAUAUAAAGAUUGCUUGCCGCCACCCGAAAAAAUAUAAACCUGAGAGGAUAAUAAACAUGACUGAUUAUAAUUCUUUUUAAAAAUUAUCUGUAUAAAAAACUAAUAAUUUUUUUAAAAAGUUUUUGAAUAGUUGAGAAAAGGUACGAACAUACUUGGAAAUAAUUUUUCCAUACUUAAAAUACAAUGCAAUUUACUUCAAUAAAUAUAAUUAUUGAAAAUAAUUAUUGCAGGAGGCGAGAUACAUACUCAAUAUACGUAAUUAUAUUGACGUAAGAUAUAUACUAUAUAUAAAUGUUAUACUCAAAUAUUAAUCUUAAUAAAAUUUUAUUCUAUUAAAGAUAAAAUGUUCUUUUAGUUAUUAUAGAUGUGUGUAAUUAUUUGAUAUUUCUAUGCAGAAAUAUUCUACAACAUUUUUGGAAAUUCAAUAUGACACAAUUUGUAUUCUUUUGAAAAUUCAAUAGAUUAUUUGUCAUAAAAAACAAAGGAUAUUUUUUCAGUGAUUUAUUAUAUCUUGUUAUAUUUUACACUUUAUGUUCUUUUAAAAUUUGAAUUUUAUUUCUGUCACAGUAAAACUAAUUUCUUGUUACAUUAAUAAUUAACUGCUAUAUUUUUAAUCCCUAUAUAGCUUAAUUAGAAUAUUUAAUUGGAAUUUUUAUUAAUUGAAAUAUUUAAUUUAUUACUUGACCCAAUAAUAGAAAGUGUCAUGUUAUCUGCAUAUUGAAUUUAUAUAUUUUAUAUAAUCCACUCAUAUUACAAUUUCUAUCGUUUAGAAAGUUUAAUUCUACAAAUCGAAUAUUAAAACACAGUUGUAAUUGUAUUGUUUUACUAUAAUGUGAUGUAAUUAUUUGUAUUCUCUCUAGUUAUUAUGUAAUUUGUGUUGUUUCAAACUUUUAAUUUUAUAAUUGCUACAGAAAUAAGACGUUUGUGUUAUCGUGUGAUAUGUUUUUAAGUUAUAAAAACUGUUUGUUACAAGUUUAAAAUCUAUUUAUGACACAAUUUGUAUUCUUCUAAACAUUCAAUUUAUAGUGUUUUAAGACUCAAUAAACACCCAAUAAUGCUAA